CUAAAGAUAAAAGAAAAUACAUAUAAUGUGCUAAUUAGUAAGCUCUUUUUCAGUCUUCAUGCUAAGCUAAGCUAACUGGCUGCUAGCUGCUUCAUAUUUAGGCCACGUUACACACAUGAGAGUGGUGUCAAUCUUCUCAUCUAGCUCUCUGCAAGAAAACAAAUGAGCAUAUUGCCCAAAAUGUCGAAUUAUCCCUUUAAAAUAUGAACCAAGAUUUUGUCCUGACCCUAAAAUAACCUCCUGAUGACCAACAAAAUGUCGUCACUUUCUUUCAUUGUUACGUCCUUGUGAGGACAUUUGUUCCUCUCAGGCACACUCACACUCACACACCCCAGAGGUUGACAGCUCCAGCAUUUCAAGUUGAAAUGUUGGACAUGUUGCGACUAGUGAGCACCAACAGGGACAGAAAUCCUCAGUGUCCUGCAGCGAAGCAACAGAGACGCAACGAUGGAGUUUCUCUCAGUGUUUGUCUCCGCUGUUCUGGUUUGUGUUGUCAGUGCUGGGAUCCCUCAUGACGGAAUACACUGGACAUACACAGAGGGAGCUUUGGACCAGAUGCACUGGCCAACCAAGUACCCUUCAUGUGGCGGUAAGAAGCAGUCUCCAAUCGACAUCCAGCGGCGCAGUGUGAGACACAAUCCCGACAUACUGCAGCUGGAGCUCAACGGAUAUGAUGCUCAGAAAGGGAAUUUCCUCAUGUCCAACAACGGGCACUCCGUACAAAUCGACCUGCCUCCUACUAUGAUCAUCAGCAAGGGACUCCCAGGAAAAUACACAGCUGUCCAGAUGCACCUACACUGGGGCGGCUGGGACCUGGAGACCAGCGGAGCAGAACACACCAUUGAUGGCAUCCGCUACAUGGCAGAGCUCCAUGUUGUCCACUACAAUUCUGACAAGUACGAGAGCUUCACUGAAGCCAGAGAUAAGCCAGACGGGCUGGCAGUACUUGCCUUUUUCUAUGAUGACGGGCAUUUUGAGAACACCUACUACAGUGAUUUCAUCUCCAACCUGGACAAAAUCAAGUAUGCGGGUCAGUCCAUGCACGUAUCGAACCUCGACGUGCGCUCCAUGCUCCCCGAGAACCUCAACCAUUUCUUCAGGUACCAGGGCUCCCUCACCACCCCACCCUGCUACGAGAGCAUCCUCUGGACUGUGUUUGACACGCCCAUCACUCUCUCACAUAACCAGAUCAGGAAACUGGAGAGUACUCUGAUGGACAUUUACAACAAGACACUGUGGAAUGACUACCGCAUCGCCCAGCCUCUCAAUGACCGUGUGGUAGAAUCUUCUUUCCUGCCGCGCCUUGGGAAAGGAACGUUUUGUCGGCAAGAUGAAAUUGAAUCCAAACUCUUGAAGAUCGAGGGUCUGAUAACUUCUCUUGGAAAGAACAUGCAUUCAGGUGGACUUCUCAACGCAAGGCCCAGAUAUGAGCCUCGUGGUUUGUUUCCUCUGGUGCUCGACUUCCAGGAGAAGAAUUCUGGUAGCUAUGCCUUAGCCCGCCUCAGCCACCCUAUGGACCUCGACUCCUUCACCGUCUGCAUGCAUGUCCUGCCUCAGGCAGAGGGGGUCCACACCGUCGUCUCCUACUCCAGCAGUGGCAAUGACAACGAGCUGAUGAUCACCAUCGGUGAGGACAGAGAGGGCAGAGAAGUGGGGCUCUGGAUUGGCAACGAGUUCGUCAACUUGCCGCACAACUUCAGGUCCAUGGACUGGGCCAACUACUGCAUCACCUGGUCGUCCCACACCGGCGGCGCGGAGCUGUGGAUCAACGGCAUGGUGGGCGAGCAGCGGUACCUGAAAAGCGGCUACACAAUCAGCCCCAGUGGUGUGUUCAUCCUGGGCAAAGACCAGGACGGAUUACUGGGCAUCUCCAACGCAGACGCCUUCGUGGGUAAGAUGACUGAUGUCAACUUGUGGGACUACGUCCUGAGCACGGCAGAUAUCCGAGACCAGAUGUCAUGUGAGAGGAACGGCACCACAGUGGGAAAUGUGCUCAGCUGGGGAUCCACCAAACUCAGCCUGUAUGGAGGGGUGCAGCUGGACAGUCAGUACAGAUGCUCCUGAAAAGGCACAGCUGCUUCUGUUUGUAUGAGCUUUAAUAUGCUACAAUAAACCAAAAAUAUCAAUGCCUGAUUGUGGGGAUGUGAAAAGUGUAUUGCUAUGUAAUGAAGGAUAAAAAUGUCUAUCAGGCACCUGUAAAUCAAUAUCAAAGGCAAACUAUAUCUCAAAGCUUAAGCCAUAUAUUGUAUUCAUAUCUUUGCAUCAUCAAUAAAGGCUUACAAGUGA